CCUCGCCGCCGCCGGCCCACGCGUGGGGCGCCCCUCCCCGCCCCCCGGGGGGCGCCGCUCCCCGCCUCCGCCCGGCCCCGCGCGCGGGCGGGGGGCGGCGGGCGCUUCCCCUGCGCGGCGCGGCGGGGCCGCGGCCGGGGGAAGGCGGCUCCCGCCGGGCCCAGCGCGGCGGCGGAUGGCGGGGGGGCCGCGCCCGGCGGGGGCCGGCGGGGGCGCCCGCUGAGCGGCGGCGGCGGCGGCGGCGAUGGCGGGGGGCCCGGCGCGGCGGGGCGCGCCCGCGGGGCCAUGAGGGCGGGCUCCGGCCAUGGCCCAUGGCAGCGCGGCGGUCAUGCUGAAGUGCGUGGUGGUGGGGGAUGGCGCCGUGGGCAAGACGUGCCUGCUGAUGAGCUACGCCAACGACGCCUUCCCCGAGGAGUACGUGCCCACCGUCUUCGACCACUACGCAGUCAGCGUUACCGUCGGGGGCAAGCAGUACCUGCUGGGGCUGUACGACACCGCCGGCCAGGAAGACUAUGAUCGUCUGAGACCUUUAUCUUAUCCUAUGACCGAUGUCUUCCUUAUCUGCUUCUCAGUGGUAAACCCUGCUUCAUUUCAAAAUGUGAAGGAAGAGUGGGUACCGGAGUUGAAGGAAUAUGCACCUAAUGUUCCCUUUUUACUAGUAGGAACACAGAUUGAUCUUCGUGAUGACCCAAAAACUCUGGCAAGACUGAAUGAUAUGAAGGAGAAGCCCAUAUCUGUGGAGCAAGGACAGAAGUUAGCAAAAGAGGAGCCUACUGCUAUGUGGAGUGUUCAGCUUUAACACAGAAAGGACUGAAGACUGUUUUUGAUGAAGCUAUUAUAGCCAUUCUCGCUCCAAAGAAACACACAGUGAAGAAGAGAAUAGGCUCAAGAUGCAUAAACUGCUGUUUGAUCACAUGAGAUAUAUUUGACAAUGGCCAGGCUUACUGUGAAAUUCUACUGAAUUUAAAUACAA